UUGUGUACUCGCCAUUUUGAAUUGCGUGCUGUUCGCUACACUGGUCAGCUAACAUGUUGGCCUGACCGCCAAUAAUAGAACUUCGAAAUACGACCCAAGCAAGGGCAGCCUGCAUUGGGAUAUUUUCAGGGGUUUUGGGUGUUUGUGAAACCGGCAACUCUCCUCCAUAAUCCGUUCCUCCAGGUGCUAACUUGUAAAAGAAAAAAAACAACAACCAGGAGGAUGCCACAGAAACGAGCUUAGCUAGUUAGCCGAGCAUCAGCACCGGCGGCAGUCAGAAGAGCAGCGGUUCAUCAUCACGUUUAGACUGGAAAAAAGUCAUCUGUCCUCAAUUGAUGUUAUGCCAGAGACUGUAUCAAGCUAAUCUGUUGACAAACUUUGAGGAGAAAUGUACCAACUUCCAGUGAAUAAUCUCUCAAGAAUCAGGAAAGCCAGGAAAAAGGUGAAAAAAACACUUGAGGACAUUGGACUGCAGUUCUGCAAGGAGGCUGCAGAAGAGUUUAAAGAUUUUUGCCCAGAUGAAGAAACUGUGAACAAUGCCCUCUCUCUUGACAUCUUCUCUUGGGAUCCAUCAAACUCUAAAACACAAAAAUACAGGUCAAAGACAUUUUGCUGCUCGGAGUGCUCUUUUUCUUCAAAAUUUUACUCGGGCUACAAGAACCACUUUCGCCAUGUACACAGGAAACUCCUUGACAAUGGCAUCCUGCUUAGCUGUCCAUACUGCGCAUUCAUUGCCAACAGAGGAACCCUGGAAACCCAUGUUAAAAUAUUCCACGUACCCAUUGCUGCCUCUCUGUCAUAUGGAAAUCCACAACAAAUAUUGCCGGAAAGAAAAACAAAUCCCGAAAGCAACUCAGUGGGACAUGGAAUGAAGAAAGUUAUUUUCUACUGCAAGAAAUGUUCAUUACGGGAUCCUCUCUAUGAUGCUGUCAGAAGGCACAUCUACAGGGAACAUUUCCAGCAUGUUGUCUCCCCAUACGUUAGCAUGUCCCCAAAAUCAAAAGUAAAAAAUGGAGCCAGUUCUGCCAACAACAUCCUCUUUUGUAAACGGUGUCAGUUCUGUGCACGUACCUAUGAGGCAUUAGUGCAGCAUGUUUUAGAUUACCAUGAACACAUUGGCUCACAAGUGACAACCAUGAUCGGACAUGCCAGUGUUGUAGCCCCCGUCCUUUAUCCUGCAUCUGUAAACCACAAAACGUCUUCAGUCGUUGACAACAGUCAAACACUUCGAUCUCAGCUAACAGUCCAACCCGCGGUUAGCUAUCUUCAGCCUGCACAGUCUAUAGUUAAAAACAAGACAACCCUGCCCAUGAUCGAGAUGCGUGUGCCGACUACUGGCCAUGGCACAGCUACAGAAAAUGGUGCUGCUGGAGUGAACACUGCUCGAACGCAGAAGUGGAAAAUAUGUACCGUCUGCAAUGAGCUGUUCCCGGAAAACCUGUACAGUGCUCACUUUGAGAGUGCACACAAGGCCAAGAAAGUGUGGGCUCUAGCCAAGUACAUCAUGAAAAUCCACAACUUCACCAGCAAGUGUUUGCUUUGUAACCGGUAUCUUCCCAGUGACACCCUGCUUAACCACAUGCUUGUUCAUGGGUUAACUUGUCCUCAGUGUCACACUGCCUUCAACAGUGUUGAGAAAAUAAUUGAGCACACCGCUCUGGCACACCCCGAAGAGUAUGUCGGGCCCCCUGGUGCAUCACCGCUAACUUUUGAUCUCACCUUUAAACAGGGAAAAUCUGGAAAUAUUCAACUCGCUGUCUUAACUUUUAACAUGAAAGAGUCAACCAAUGGUCAAUAUCAGGCUGCACCAAUCCAGAAAAACAUUUCAGUUCCCGUCAAACUACCCUCCACCAACAUGAUUGACAAGCCGAAAACGUUUGUUACGCUAAUGCACAACAGCGAUGUUGGAAAAACAGUUUGUCCACUGUGUUUCACAAUCCUCAAAGGCCCAAUCUCUGACGCCUUGGCCAUGCAUCUGAGGGAGAGGCACCAAGUUAUCCAGACACUGCAUCCUGUGGAACAAAAGAUGACAUACAAGUGCAUUCAUUGCUUAGGAGUUUAUACUAGCAAUAUGGUAGCAUCCACAAUUACACUACAUCUUGUGCAAUGCAGAGCUGUUGGGAGGAACCAGGCAAACCAAGGUGUCAACUCUGCACUGACUGUUGGCUCAUCAGUAGCUGGCACUCUUAAGAGACAGCAACCCAUACAGGCCUCCACCAACUCCAAGAGGAUGAAAGUGACCAAUGUUCACACGUCAGACACGUGUCAAAUGUCAGGCAAUGCAUCUCCUAAAUCUGACGGCCUUGCUUUGGACCCUACAGGGUAUAGGCACAAGACAUCUAAGGUCAGAAGAGAUUUCCUGACCACUUACUUCAACCGGAAACCUUAUCCUUCUUCACAGGAAAUGGAUAAGCUGUCUACGAGCCUGUGGGUAUGGAAGGCUGACAUUGCCAAUCACUUUGCUACCAUGCAAAGGUUGUGCACAAGAAAGUGCAGGACCAGAAGGGUUUAUGUCAGACUUGGCUUUGAUAUGAACAUUGUAAAGAGAUAUAAACACAACCUCAUUUUUGAUAAAGGAAAGCUUGUUGGAAUUUCAACCAGGUCACCCGGCUUCAGGCUAAGGACCUCCAACAAUCAAAAAUACAGGAGUUUUAAACCGGUCCCUGCCUUAAAGUCCUCUACAUGCACAGAAACCAUUUCCAUUGACUCAGAUACUGAUCCAGAGACGGAAGAUGCGCCUGGUGAGACUAAGAAAGCUGACACAGAUGAUGAAGAUGUAGUGCUAGUGGACGAGCUGAUGAUGAAGGAGAAGACUACUUCUGUGGAGAUGAACGUUCCCUCAAAUGACAUGGUAAUCUCUCCACAAGAUGAGAAAGAAAAGGAAAGUUAUCUGCCAACUGAGAUGGAAAUCCCAAGCCCCUUGCAAGAUGAAAAAGAAGUUCAAAGUCCUCCACAGGAUGAGAAGGAAACUCCAAGUCCUCCGCAGGAUGAGAAGGAAACUCCAAGUCCUCAGCAGGAUGAGAAAGAAACUCCAAGUCCUCCGCAGGAUGAGAAGGAAUCUCCAAGUCCUCCGCAGGAUGAGAAGGAAUCUCCAAGUCCUCCGCAGGAUGAGAGGGAAAUUCCAAGUCCUCUACAGGAUGAGAAAAAAUUUCCAUGUCCUCCGCAGGGUGAGAAGGAAAUUUCAAGUCCUCCACAGGAUGAAAAGGAAAUUCCCAGUCCUCAGGAUGAAAAGGAAAUUCCAAGUCCUCCUCAGGAUGAAAAGGAAAUUCCAAGUCCUACUCAGGAUGAAAAGGUAAUUCCAAGUCCUCCUCAGGAUGAGAAGGAAAUUCCAAGUCCUCAGCAGGAUGAGAAGGAAAUUCCAAGUCCUCAGCAGGAUGAGAAGGAAAUUCCAAGUCCUCCACAAGAUGAGAAGGAAAUUCCAAGUCCUCAGCAGGAUGAGAAGGAAAUUCCAAGUCCUCAGCAGGAUGAGAAGGAAAUUCCAAGUCCUCAGCAGGAUGAGAAAGACAGUGGAAAUUCAAAGCCAAAUGAGAGAGAAAGCCAAAGCCCUCUGCAAGACGAGGAAGAAAUUGAGGAAAGCUCUCUCCAAGAUGUCACAGAAAACGCUGGAGAAAAGGAGAGCGCUCUGCAAAAUGGGGAAGAAAAUGAAAGUUCACUGCAAGAUGAGAAACCAAAUUGGAUCUCAAUUCAAGGUGAGAAAAAAAUUGCGAGACAUGACGAUGACAAUGAAAGUUCUUUGCAAGGAAAUAAAGAAAAUGCUGGUGUGAGCCGCUUGUGUUCAACAUAAAGCUGUUAGUUUUAGUGGAGUUUACAUUUAAAACAAGAACUCCAAUGACACCAUAAAAACAAAAUUGAAACUCUUACCUUUCUGAACGCAUUCAUUUAAGGGACUAUGCUACAUAAUACCGUAUUUCAUGAAACAUCAUGUUAGUCGUUUUGUAUAUACUUAUGUCAUUGUUAGUUUCUUUGCAUUUUGUAUUUACUGGGUUUUGUCACAUCUUUGUAAUAUUUUACUUGUUUACUUUUUUCCACUCAGCUAAGAUGAAUUUUGGUUAUUCACUUUUAGAAAAUGUAAAAUAUGUUAAAAGUGUAUGUAAAUGAUUAUAUGAUGUGUUAUUAAAAGUUUUUUUGUUGUA